AUGCGAGUUCGACGCACCGCUAAAGAUGGGCUUCUUCUGGAACUCCGGAAAUGCACAGCGGACACAACCCAGUCCCUUAAGGAGGCGAUCAGUCAAGUCCUUGGCGAGGAGGCAGGUGUGAAAGCUCUAACCCGCCAUAAGGCUGUAGCCAUUCACGGCAUGGACGAGAAAGCGACGCCCCAGGAAUUAGUGGCUAAGCUGGCUGACCAAGCCAAAGUCGAGGCGACGUCGCUUAGACUAAGAAGCUUCCGGUCUAGUUUUCGGAAUACGAUGUCAGCCGUGGUUUGUGCUCCCGAGGCAGUGGCAUUAAAACUCCUAGAGGUGGGCAGAGUUCGAAUUGGAUGGGAUAGCCGCCGAAUAAAGGAGCUAGAAGCGCAACCUGCGCGCUGUUUUCGAUGCCUAUGUGUUGGCCACAUCGCCGCAAACUGCCCAAGCGACACAGAUAGGUCAAAUUGCUGCUUCAGGUGUGGCAAUCCUGGUCACAAGUCUGCAGACUGCUCGGCCGCCGUCAAGUGCUUUUUAUGUGCCGAGAUGGGCUUGAGUCCCUUAAACCACAUAGCGGGUAGCCGCGCGUGCCCAUCCAGUGGUGCCCAGAGGAUGCAGAAAGACGCCAAAUGA